UUCACUAGCAACGCAACCCGCUGACUGAGCUCAUAUCCUUCGCGCCUGCCCGUCUGAAUCAGUUGAUCACCGCAGCAAUGGCCUCCGCCAACAGCUGGACCCACGAGAUCGAGUCGCCAGUCGCGGCACCGCGCCUGUUUCGUGCCGGCGUCAUGGACUGGCACACUCUGGCACCCAAGCUCGCACCCCACAUCGUCGCCAGUGCCCAUCCCGUCGAGGGGGAAGGCGGCAUCGGCAGCGUCAGGCGGUUCAACUUCACCUCAGCCAUGCCCUUUAGCGUCAUGAAGGAGAGGCUCGAGUUCCUGGAUGCGGAGAAGUGCGAGUGCAAGUCGACCCUCAUCGAGGGCGGUGGCAUCGGCACAGCCAUCGAGACCGCAACGUCGCACAUCAAGGUGGAGCCGGCGGCCAGCGGAGGGAGCUUAGUGAAGGUGGACUCAACGUACAAGCUGCUGCCAGGCGUGGAGGUGAAUGACGAGAUCACCAAGGCCAAGGAGUCCGUCAUGGCCAUCUUCAAGGCUGCCGAGGCCUACCUCAUUGCCAACCCUGACGCCUACAACUGAAUCUGCCUAACCUAGAGGGGUCAUGCAGACAUAAUUGGUAUUUGCUACCAUAAUGUCCCUAUAAUAUGACAUUGCUUGGUAUUUGUGUGCUUCUUCCCGAUUAAAAUAAAAUAAAGGCGUCCUCUAGAGUCGUAGAGGACGUACACAGCGAGGUGUGCACUU